AUGCACCUGGAAUAUUACCGAUUGCGGAGCUUCAGCAUCACCUCGCAUGGGAUUUGUAACCUCGGCGAUUCGAUGCGAAGUCGUCGAUCGCGGUCGAUAAACUCGGUAACGUCGGCCGGUUCCGGAGGUGCCAAGGAUCGCGAGGGUAGCAACGGUUCGCAGAAGCAGGACGUGCAGAUGGCCUCGGCUUCCCGGGAGGGCAGCGAGGACAAUCUGGACGAUGGCAAAAAGGAAAAGAUACCGGGCUUUAAGGUGGCCAUGCUGGGAGCUUCCGGGGUGGGCAAGACGGCGUUGACCUACCAGUUCACCACGUCGGAGUACAUCUGCGCGUACGAUUUGAGCCUUGAUGACGAUUACGGCCAGAAGACGGUUUCAGUGCUGCUGGACGGACAGGAAACCGAUCUGGAGAUCAUCGAUCACCCCGCGUGCGAGAUGUCGGAGGAAGCAUUCUGCUCGACAUACCACAUCGACAUCUUCGUCGUCGUAUACUCGGUCGUAGACCGAGGAUCGUUCAAAAAAGCGGAGAAGAUCUUGCACUUUCUCAAGGAUUCGGAAAUGUUGCUGACACGUGGAGUCAUCCUGGUGGGUACGAAAAUGACCUGGAGCGCCAGCGCGAAGUUCCUACGCAUGCCGCCAGGCGGCUUGCCAAAGAAAUCGGUGCCAAGUUCAUCGAAACGUCCAGCGGCAUGGAUUACAACGUGGACGAACUGCUCGUCGGCAUUGUAGCCCAGGUGAAGCUG